AUGAGUGUAUCGUUUUGUUUGCAGAAAAAUAGAGAAAAUGGCCGGAAGACAAAAGUCGGAAGCAAGAAGCCGAAAUUUCGAAAAACUCUGGAAGAAGCAUUGCUUCUGUACUUUCAAAAGAAAAUCUCAAUUUUCCUGUAUGUCGACUGGGCACUCCGGAAAAAUGCAACUGAGAAUGAGGAAGGAAAAAAUUCUGGAACAGUGGGUAAAUUUGAAAACGAAUAUCAGAGAAAAAAGUUGAUUUCAGACGGAAGUGUUAAGUUCGCGGAUUUCGAAAAAAAUGUCCAGUCGAUAACUUGUGUCAGAGGUUCAGUUACUUCGAAACAACAAUCAACAUCAUCUUCUGCUCAUCGUCAUCGACUGAGGCAAAAAUGGACAAAACGAGAAGCUCCGAUGCCGUUUCAGCCAGUUCGACAACAGCGGAAGAGAAUAAUAUAA